UCAUCCGGUAGUGGCAACAAUACAAUGGUAUCGGCUACCACUAUUCUCACCACAAGUAGUAGUACAACAAGUACCACUGCAAGUCCAAUCUUCCAUACGUCAACAGCAUCGUUCAGUGCUCAGUGGCCGGUAGCGCCUAUCGCACUGUCGAUCAAUUCCACUUCACCCAGAGCGGUUGUUGCACCAGCGAUCGAAUGCUACCAUGCAUCCCCGUCGCAAUGCAAUGAACGAAGAGGCGACUGUGAAUGUGUCGUUGAUCCGUUUAUACCGGGUGCCCUGUAUUGCUGCAACGUUACCGACAUCAAUAGAGCGAUUGCGUGUGCGACAAAUGCAGCGGAAACGCCGAACUGGAAGUACUUGCACAUGCGAAACGUUACUGUGCGUGAAUUAGCUUUGAACGUAUCGAACCGCUACAUUAAGACGCUGCUCUCAUUGGCCAUCACCGACGGAUCAAUACAACGCAUUAGCACGUCGUUCGCGCGCUUCUCAGCCCCGGUUUGUGUGAACAUUUCGAACAACAAUAUAAGCGAAAUCGAACCCCGAGCCUUCCGUGAGCUGCGGAACCUUACCAUGCUAGAUCUGUCGUACAAUAACCUUUCCACCAUACCGUCGACCAACGGAAAAUUCCGGCUCGACAUACGCGGCAACGUGGGCAUGUUAUGCAAGUCCCUGCUGGAGUCGCUCAAGAGCGGGGUAAAGUUCAAGGAUCCAGAAUCAACGUUCUGCCUAACGAAUCGAACCUUUAACUGGUUUAAUUCAACUGACACGCUACCCCUGCAUCAACUAGAGACGAUCCAACGAGUGCAAGAUGAGUGUCCGGAAAACUGCACCUGCGAACUGGAUCGUCUUAACUUCGAUCUCAAUAAUACCGAACGGAAGACGAUAACGAUACGUGUAGACUGUAGCAGCCUGGGGUUGGCGAAAUUCCCCGAGAAACUACCAGCUGGGACGGUAACGUUGAACAUAUCGAACAACAAUAUUACAAAUUUAGAAGCAUUGAAUACUCCGCCCUACGAAUCGCUGUUACGGCUGCAUGCCGACAACAAUCAAAUCAGCUCAUUGAGCGACCUUGAGGGGAUGGACUUCAUCUCGCGGUUUACGCUGUUUUCUAUUCGUCGCAACAAGCUGAAGACGGUACAAUCGUAUAUCUUCACCAAAUCGCUCGACCUUGGUUCGUAUAUUUUCCUCGAGGGUAACCCGAUGAUAUGUGACUGCAAUGCCGCGAAAGGGUUCAAAAACUGGCUACUUAGCCGAAAGACGCAAGUACCUGACCACGAGAAUAUCUUUUGCGAUGGUAACACCAAUCUACAGCAGCUGGUAACGAUACAGGAGAGUAAAUUAUGCCAAUCUCAACAUGACUGGACUGAUUACAUAUACUAUCUGAUCGCCUCGGAAAUCAUUCUCCUGAUAGCACUUGUCUGCAAAGUGUCAUACGACUAUUGGGUUUUCAAGACGGCAGGUUAUUUACCGUGGCCAGCUAACAAGAUGCCAAAAUUACCGUGUGAUUGUUUGUGUGAAUAGAGAUCAAACUUACAAUGGUAGAGGAAAUGCAAUUACUCUGCAAGAAGCUACUACGGCCAUCUUGAAAGAACGUGUGUACUGUAAUGAAUAAUAAUGUUCUCCAGUAAACACGAUCGAAGCGUAGAAUGCUAGAAUGCAAGAGUAGCUAGUAGGUGUCUAACGUAAGAAUUCUCGUGUGGUAGACAACGUUGAGUUGAACUAUGUUUUGCUGAAAGUUUUUCACUUGCUCACUAAAUAUUUAAUUUGAUACUUAUGUACUGCAUGUUUAACUAACGUUGCUUUAUUUAAUUUAUUCAGUGAUAUUAAAGUGGCUAAAUACGCUUUCAAAAGACAAAAAAGGUUCCACAAGCAAAAACGAUGUGAUGUUUUGGUUGGCGGUGUCCUUUGUGAAAACACUCCGCUAGUAUAACAAUUAUGAAAUGGGACAUAUGGGAAGAGCCUUCUCUAGAUAUAUUGGUGUAUAGCAGAUUUACAAUGAAUUGAACGAGAACAAUGAACGAGUCCAUUUCAAUGUGUAAUUUCAAAAUGAAUUUAUGAGCACUACAAUUCUGCCCGGCUUUAAGUAGAUUUUUUUAAACUUAAACACAAACUUCAUAUAUUUCAUACUUACGAAUUUAUUUACAAUUGAUACUUUACCGUUCGAACAAUUCGAUUAGGCUAAGUAUUGAGGCUAAAUUUGUUAUCAAUAUUUAAAUUUCGUUUGCUCUGCGUUUGGCACCUUGAUACGAAUCUAGCAGCCUGCUGUACUGGUUUUAUUAGACUAAGACUUUUCAAUAUGCGGAAUAAAAG